GUGGGGGGGGGAAGCGCCAAGAUGGCGGAUUUGUCGCUGGUCCAGGAGGAGCUGCAGGAGGAAUUAGACGGAUUUGGUGUGGAUGACUACAGCUCAGAGUCUGAUGUCCUUAUUAUACCUUCAGCCUUGGACUUUGUCUCUCAAGACGAGAUGCUAACACCGUUGGGCCGACUGGAUAAGUACAUUGCUAGUGAGAACACGUUUAACAGACAAAUGGUAGCACGAGGUUUGCUGGAUACGCUGAAGGCAGUCAGCGAUGAUGAAAAAGACUGCCUUGCUGUGCUGGAGAGAAUAAGUAAAUUAGCAGAAGAUCCAGAGCCAACAGUGCGUGCAGAAUUGAUGGAACAAGUACCUCAUAUUGCCAUAUUCUGCCAAGAGAAUAGGCCUUCCAUUCCUUACGCUUUCUCCAAAUACUUGUUACCCUUUAUGGUUCGAUGCCUUGCAGACCCCAACAACCAGGUGAGAAAGACCAGCCAGGCAGCAUUGCUAGUUGUGCUAGAACACGAGCUAAUAGAAAGGUAUGAUGUGGAAACCAAAGUGUGCCCUGUUCUACUGGAUCUGACUGCACCUGAGAGCAAUGACGAUCUGAAAACGGAAGCUGUAGCAAUAAUGUGUAAGAUGGCUCCGAUGGUAGGAAAAGACAUCACAGAAAGAUUUAUACUGCACCGAUUCUGUGAGAUGUGCUGUGAUUGCAGGAUGUUCCAUGUUCGUAAGGUUUGUGCUGCCAACUUUGGAGAGAUAUCCAGUGUCGUUGGUCGUGAAGCUACUGAAGAGUUAUUGUUGCCCAGGUUUUUUCAGCUCUGCUCUGAUAAUGUAUGGGGAGUAAGGAAAGCAUGUGCCGAGUGCUUUAUGGGUGUAUCUUGUGCAACCUCUCAGGAUGUUCGUAGAACCAAACUGUCUUCACUCUUCAUUAACCUGAUCAGUGACCCCUCGAGAUGGGUUCGGCAAGCCGCCUUCCAGUCAUUAGGCCCUUUUAUCUCAACCUUUGCCAAUCCUUCCAGUGCUGAUCAGUACUUCAAAGAAGACCUGCUUUCUCCCAGGAAUGUUGUGGAAGGUAAAGGGACAGAGAGUGAUAAUGGAGUAAAGCAUGCAGCAGAACCAGAAGAGAUCAUGGCUGGGGUUGUGAAAAGUGAGGCAGAAGAACUAGCAUCAUGCCAUAGUUGUGCUGUGGAAUCGUUAAGUCCAGAAAUUGAACUCUCUCCAAAAGAUGAACUAAUAUCAAAAGAUAACAGUGAAUGUAGCAGUGAUCCUAAUUGCACCAAGGCAGCAACCUUGCAGCCAAACUCUGAAUGCUUUGUGUGUCCCAAACUCCAAACGAAUCCUGAUUUAACCACAAGCUAUUCAUCAUAUUCAGACAGUGCAAUAGUAGUACCAUCCCAACAAGAAUCCUCUUCAGAAAAUGCUGUCAUUCCAGAGGACAUGUACAACUCAUUCCAUUACUGGAGGACUCCUAUUCCAGCAAUAGACCUUGAUUUGGAACUACGACCGGAGUCUUCAGAUUUGCAGGAAAGCAAAGCUCCCGCGCAGGCAGAUGCAGAUGCAUCGUUUGGCUCCCUGACCUUCAGCACAGCUACCAGAAGAAAACUGGAGGAAAUGCUGGAAAACUUAGAACCACACACAGAUGACCCGGAAGUAAAAGCACAAGUGGAUGUUUUAACUGCUGCCCUCCGAGCUUCCAAUCUGUCUUCAACAUCAAAUGAAGUGGCUUCUGCGGAACUACCAGAUAAUUCACUCGAGUCCCAAGAAGAUCCCAUGAUAUCCAACUUACUAAAUUCUGAUCCAGAAGAUGUGCCUUUAACUGCUGAAAUUUCAGCUGCUUUUGAGGAAGACAGCGUGUAUGAUCACCAAAUCCAAACUACAUCUUCCUUUGCAACAGUAGUAGCAGAUGACCGGGUGUUCACCUAUUUUGAGACGAACCUAGAGGGCAGGCUUCAAUUCAUCCAUGAUCAUUCCAGCAGGAGAAGAGCCAGCAGUUCCGAUGAAGAGAAAAAGUCCAGAAUUCAGGAUGUUAUCCCACAGCCAUUGCUAGAUCAAUAUCUUUCAAUGACCGAUCCCUCUCGUGCACAAACAGUUGAUACAGAAAUAGCGAAGCAUUGUGCGUACAGUCUCCCUGGUGUGGCACUCACUCUGGGCAAACAAAACUGGCACUGCCUGAAAAAUACUUAUGAGACUUUAGCAUCGGAUAUGCAGUGGAAGGUUCGCCGGACUCUCGCAUUUUCCAUUCACGAGCUGGCAGGUAUUCUCGGAGACCAAUUAACCACAUCAGAUUUGGUUCCCAUUUUCAAUGGCUUUUUGAAAGAUCUUGAUGAAGUCCGGAUAGGAGUCCUCAAACAUUUGUAUGACUUCUUAAAGUUGCUUCAACCAGAGAAGCGAAGGGAAUACCUCUCUCAACUCCAGGAAUUCAUGGUGACAGACAAUAGCAGGAACUGGCGCUUCAGAGCUGAGCUUGCUGAACAGAUGAUUUUGCUGUUGGAAUUGUACAGCCCCAAAGACGUGUAUGACUCCCUGCGGCCCAUUGCACUCAGUCUCUGCAGUGAUAAAGUUUCUUCAGUCCGAUGGAUUGCCUACAAACUGGUGGGUGAGAUGAUUAGAAAAUGCUAUGUGACGUCGACUCCAGGGUUGGCAGUGGACUUCAUGAAUGAGCUUGUCGAUAAAUUUUGCCAUUGUGCUAAAUGGUCAGGUCGUCAAUCCUUUGUCUUUGUCUGUCAGGCUGUAAUUGAAGAUGAUUGUAUCCCUAUAGACCAGUUUACAGAGCACCUGAUGCCACACUUACUACAGUUGGUGUCAGAUCCUGUUCCAAAUGUCAGAGUGCUGCUAGCAAAAACUUUGAGACAAACGCUUUUGGAAAAAGAAUACUUUCUGAACUCGGCAAGCUCUCACCAAGAAGCCGUGGAGCAGAUCACUGUAGCACUGCAGGCUGAUCAAGACCGGGAUGUUCGAUAUUUUGCCAGCAUUUACCCCAACAGUACAAAGCUUGGUGACGAUGCCAUGAGCACUGCUUCUUCCACUUACUAAAAGUUCUUAGCACCAUUACGAGUGCUUUUAAUGUUGUGUAGCAGCUGGAAUAUCCUGGGUGAGUGCUCCAGAAUACGGAGGGGAUAUCUGUUCUGUAGACUGAACAAUCAGGUUUCGUGGAUGUGGUGAAGUGCCCAGUGGUUCCUAAUUACACUGAGCUUCAGUGAGUCGUGUGACAGUGACUUUUUCCCUACUUUGACCACAGAAAAUUUCUCAGAGGAUCUUACCACCGAAGCCUUAACUCCUGUAUUCAUUAAAAAAAACUCGAAUGGCCGGAGCCUUCUUGAUGGAGGAGGGAUUAUCCAUUUUUAAACUAAUCAUUCCUUCCUGAAAGUUAUAAGAAAUGUUACCAACAAUUCAAGUCUGUACAACAGUUACUACAUUUGCAAAGAAUAAGAACUAGUAAAGUUUAAAAAGUGUAUUUAUCUCAAUGGUGUACAAGAAAUUUUAAUGUACUGAUUCAGAAAAAAGAAAUCUUCAACUAUACUAGUUAUACGAAAGGGUUUGAUCUAAGUGAAUUAGUUGUAUCUUGUUAAGUUUGGACACAAGUUCUCAAAAACGCCCCUUUCAUACUGGGAAGAUUUCACAAGCCAGCAGCUGUGGGAGAAUUGCUGCCGCUGUCCUAACUUGCCUUCCCUGCAGUAGUUCUCCUCGUACCCGCCUUGGUUACUGCACAAGAACUGGCCAAAGAGGAAAAGUAUUAAGGGGGAAAGAGGAAAACUCCUGCAUGUUCCCACACGUAUUGUGCUUGCACGUGGUUUGUAGUUUAUUUUUUUAAAAAAACUUUUCUUUAGUCAAUCCCUUUGUAAAGAACCAUGCAUUUACUAGAAGGAAACCCUGUGUGGGGGGGAGGCAGCAGGAUUUUUUCAUAAGUGGAAAAUCCAUGUGCUUAGUCCACCUGUCAUUUUUGUUCCACCCGGCCCAACUGGUAUCUGUAUCCACUGCAAAAGAUAUGUCUUGUCAAAUUCAGGUGCAUGAUAUUAGCAGUGGUUGAUCUACAAAGGUGGGAGAGAACUGAAAUUAGAAGACAAAUCUGAUGCAUUUUGAAAAUUAGACACGUUAUUUUGUUUCUUGAUUUGUUUAGCCUCUACGUGCAUGAAUGGUUGACUGGUGGAUGUAUGUUGGGAAUAGGCAAGAGAUAUUGCCUUGAGACACUGUCCAUUUGAGCUUUGUGCCAUGUUGAGGCAAACUUCCAAUACUGAUCAUCAAAGGAUUGUUUUUUUUAGAACAAAGUUGUUUGCUAUUCAGUACCUUUGCUACAUGCAGCCUGUUCUAUGCCUCUUUUAAGAUAAUUUUAACCUUUUGUGGAAUUUUGCUUUCAUUGAUGCUGUUUUGCGCAAGCUGGUGUUCACUGAGACUUGCUUAUUGACCUACCUGGUUUGGCUUGGUUCAGGACCUCAGUGAUCCCAGUCUUACAUUAAAUGCUAUGAAUCUACUCAGUGACCACCACAGGUGAGCAGUGGUUUCUGGUUUUCACUGUAAUCUGCCUCAAAGUUUUGUCUGCUCCAUAAUACAAGACUUCAUUGAAGCCAUUUUAUUUGCUGGUGGACUUAUCUGUGAGAGUUAACUGGGCAAAAGUUUCUCUUCAGUCCAGGGAUUUGUUUUUCGCACGAUAAGUCCUUGGUUAGCCUAGUUUCUGGAAGUAAGUAAUCGAAUAUGUCCCGGGUGUGCUCCACACUGGCAGGAAGGCCAGAGCGCACCCUACUUGUGCAACAGCAACUUUGCAGUCCCAGAGCUCCCCCACCCACCCCCCAGCCACUCAAAACACCUCAGUUCCAAACUAGCCUAAGGGUUAGGGUGCUUUCCGAGAUAUACCCUUGAGAUUUUCCACUGCUUUAGUAUACUUUGGUUUGUAUGUCGGGGGCUGGAAAAACAAAAUAGAACGUGUAUGUUAUCUACUCAAGGUGUGGACUUUGUUCUUUAACAGAACUUCACCCUUCACAUACUAUUUUAAUUUGUCCUCGGUGGUUUCACUUGGAGUUGCUGGUUUCCUAUAUGUGCGUUUAUUUUAUGGCUCAUCAUUUGUGCUGUCUUCAGCUAUUGAACUGCGGGCCUUAUAUAUUGAAGAGUCCAUGGUCACCUAAUCAAAUGGCCGUAACAGCUUUAUUUAAAGGGACAUGCCAUAGGUUAGUUUCUCUUCUUCCCCCACCCCCCUUGAUGCUGAUGAUCUUGAUGUAUAGUUUGGACUUUUGAAAUUGUGAGACCAAACAUCCCGCAGAUAAACGAACAUGGUGCUGCAAGGCAUUGAUUAACAUUUGGACUUCAAGUGUGAGUUUAAAAUGUGUGCAGUGGGAACUCUCUUAAGGGCUCAGCAGUAACACUACAAAGCAUCAAAUGUUUCUGAUAAUGCAGCACAUUUCCGUACCCACACACAGCAAUUUGUGCUUGUCGGUUUCAUGCUGGUCAUGUCCUGCGCAGUAUGUUUUGAAUUGGAUUAGCACAUGUGCUUUACAAGUCUGAAAGUUUGGGGUAUUUUAACUUUUUAUCAUGAUCAGCUCAAUGCUGCACUUUUUUUAUAUGUACAUACCUGUGAGCACUCGAGUGCUAGUUGUUGAUCAUGUCAUAAAAAGCAGUUGGUAUAGAAGUUGUUCUGUACUUGUCCAAAUAAAAAUAAAUAUCCAACUA